AUGUCAUUGUUCGGCACCUCACCGGACGACCUGCCGCAGCCAAAGCAGUCGACGCUGUUUGAGGACGAGCCCGGCUCCGGCGGCAGGAACUCGUCCAGCCUGUUCGGCGACGACCUCGAUGACUCCGGCUCGCCAUGGUCGUACCCGGCGCCCAAGAAGUCGGCUCGCGCCAACAUCGUCAAGACACUGCUGCCCGCCGCCGAGGUGCCCGAAAGCUACAUUGACACCUACGACGCCCUGCUUGCCGACGGCGACCGCUUCGGCGGUGGCGUCAGCCUGGGUGGCGUCAGGAAACUGCUGAGCCAGAGCAACCUCGGCCCAGAUGUGCAAAGCAGGAUCCUGGACAUUGUCGUGCCGAACGGGCAAGAGCCUGAGAGUGGCGUCGGUCGCGGAGAGUUCAAUGUACUGCUUGCGCUGAUAGGUUUGGCCCUGGAGGGUGAGGACAUUACUCUCGACGGCGUUGACGAGCGCAGAAACAGUAAGUAUCCCUCAUACCUACGCGAGGUGACCUGCGCCACUACUGCUUGCGUUGCUUACACAACAACAACAACAACAAAAGAUCUCCCAGAACCCUCGCUCGGCAUCUCGAACGCGACGAAGAACGAGGAGCCCAAGGAGCAGCCCGAUCCAGUCGUGGAGACGCCGACCACUGCGCCUAAGCCGGUUCAGCCUGUGACGCCGAAGACUCAGUCCACACCGACCAUGCGCAAAACGUCCUUUGGGCUUGACGCCGACCCGUGGAACAGCCCAGAGCAGCAUAAAGGUCACAACCAUGCCGCCAUCGAAGAUUCGCCCCAACCGAACGGAAACAGGGCGUCUUUCUACUCGAACGGCAAUGGAUUCCCCAGGACUACGAGUAGCUUCACGACCGCCGCGGAUCAGUCGCAGGAUACUGGUAAUGGCGACACCCUGGGCAAGAACCAGCCGUCCGGCGGAGAUAGCACUGGCUGGGGAGGCUUUGGUGAUGCCGCGGGCAAUGGCUUCUCCAAUCCCGGGCUUCCCAACGCUGGGGGCCUCGGAGAGGGGUUCGGCGCACCUCCAGGAGAAGGUGAUAACAAUGAUCCGACCGGCUUGGGAAGAUCCCUCGGCGGAGGGCUGGCGGCCAACAACGGAGCUGACGAGAUCGUCACUGUCACGGCCAUUGCGGAGAAGGAGGGCAUCUUCCUCUUCCAGCACCGCAACUACCAGGUUUGCAGCGUGCGUAGGAACAGCAAGGUUGUGAGGAGGUACAGCGAUUUCGUUUGGUUGUUGGAUUGUUUGCACAAGAGAUACCCGUUUAGACAACUGCCUUUACUUCCACCCAAAAGGGUAGCCAUCAAUGGCAAUUACCUCGCGGCUGAUGCCUCAUUCAUCGAGAAGCGGAGGAGGGGCCUUGCCAGAUUUUCUAAUGCUCUGGUCCGGCACCCGGUGCUUAGCCAGGAACAGCUUGUCAUCAUGUUCCUGACCGUCCCAACGGAGCUUGCUGUAUGGAGAAAGCAAGCUACGAUAUCAGUACAGGAGGAGUUUGUCGGCCGGACACUGCCUCCAGGCCUCGAGGACUCCCUUCCGCCCACUCUCCAGGACAUGUUCGAUACCGUGCGUUCUGGCGUGCGGCGUUCUGCCGAAAUGUACAUCAACCUUUGCCAGCUGAUGGAGCGCCUCUGCAAGCGUAACGAAGGCAUGGCAGCCGACUACAUGCGCUUCGGUCUUGCGCUGCAGUCCUUGACUGAGGCCUCCAAGGACACCUAUUUCGUGGACACUAAUGAUGUGCCACUCCUCAAUGAGGGACUUAAUUCCACCUCCAAGCACCUUCAAUCUUCGCAAAGCCUACUAGAAGAUGAGGCUAGGGGCUGGGAUGAGGGCGUACUGGAAGACCUGAAGAGGCAAAGAGACUGCCUUGUUAGUAUGCGCGAUCUGUUCGACCGCCGGGAUCGCCUGGACCGUGACAAUAUCCCGCAACUUGAGCGGAGGAUACAUAACAACGAGAACAAGCUCCAGGGCAUCCGGGACAGGCCGGAGCAUCUUGUCAAACCCGGCGAGAAGGAGAAGGUUGAGGGAGCUAUUCAGAGGGACAAACAAUCCAUCGUCGACCAGCACGCCCGCAGCGUUUUCAUCAAGGAGUGUAUCCGCGAUGAGAUCUUGAACUUCCAGCAGUCGAUGUACCACGUCAGCAAAUUGCACCAGGACUGGAGCCAGGAACGCGUCAAGUACGCCGAGCUGCAGGCUGACAACUGGAGGGCGCUGAGUGAGGAGGUCGAGGGAAUGCCGCUUGGCGACUAA